ACAGCUCCGGGACCGGCCGAAAGGCGAGGAACCGGCCAGAGCCGGGGGCGGAGGGGCGGCCGAGGUCUUGACCACGGGGAUGUCUGCAGGAGGGAAGCCUGCGGUGGUCGGCCUCUCGGAGCCAGAGGAGGGGUCCGAGGAGAGAUUGCGGGGGUCCUGCAUGCUAAAGGAAAAAUAAGCUUGAUUGCAGUUCUACACUCUAAAAUCAAUUCUGAUACUAUAUAACACCUUUGGACCUCCUACACUGACCUCCUUGGUCCCUAGCCCUUACUGAUUAGGUUGGUGUGGAAAAACUGGGGCUUUGAUCAAGCAAAUGCUAAAAAGCCACAUAAGGAAGAUCCUUAACAGUUAUUUCUCAACAAUUAUAUAGUCAACUGAUGUAACAAUGGUACUAAUAUUGGGACGAAGACUAAACAGAGAGGAUCUCGGAGUGCGUGAUUCACCAGCAACAAAGCGUAAAGUUUUUGAAAUGGACCCUAAAUCUCUGACAGGCCGUGAGUUUUUUGACUUCUCUUCAGGAUCAUCCCAUGCUGAAAACAUACUCCAGAUAUUUAAUGAAUUCCGAGAUAGUCGUUUGUUCACAGAUGUUAUCAUUUGUGUGGAAGGAAAAGAAUUUCCUUGCCAUAGAGCUGUUCUCUCAGCCUGUAGUAGCUACUUCAGAGCUAUGUUUUGUAAUGACCACAGGGAAAGCCGAGAAAUGUUGGUUGAGAUCAAUGGUAUUUUAGCUGAAGCUAUGGAAUGUUUUUUGCAGUAUGUUUAUACUGGAAAAGUGAAGAUCACUACAGAGAAUGUACAGUAUCUCUUUGAAACAUCAAGCCUUUUUCAGAUUAGUGUUCUCCGUGAUGCAUGUGCCAAGUUCUUGGAGGAGCAACUUGAUCCUUGCAAUUGCUUAGGAAUCCAGCGCUUUGCUGAUACCCAUUCCCUCAAAACACUCUUCACAAAAUGCAAGCAUUUUGCAUUACAGACUUUUGAGGAUGUGUCCCAGCAUGAAGAAUUUCUUGAGCUUGACAAAGAUGAACUUAUUGAUUAUAUUUGUAGUGAUGAACUUGUCAUUGGCAAAGAGGAGAUGGUUUUUGAAGCCGUCAUGCGUUGGGUCUAUCGUGCUGUUGAUCUGAGAAGACCACUGUUACAUGAGCUCCUGACACAUGUGAGACUCCCGCUGUUGCAUCCCAACUACUUUGUUCAGACAGUUGAGGUGGACCAACUGAUCCAGAAUUCUCCUGAGUGUUAUCAGCUGUUGCAUGAAGCAAGACGGUACCACAUACUUGGGAAUGAAAUGAUGUCCCCAAGGACAAGGCCACGCAGGUCAACUGGCUAUUCUGAGGUGAUAGUUGUCGUUGGAGGCUGUGAACGAGUUGGAGGAUUUAAUCUUCCAUACACUGAGUGCUAUGAUCCUGUGACAGGAGAGUGGAAGUCUUUGGCUAAGCUUCCAGAAUUUACCAAAUCAGAGUAUGCGGUCUGUGCUCUAAGGAAUGACAUUCUUGUUUCAGGUGGAAGAAUCAAUGGCCGUGAUGUCUGGAUUUAUAACUCACAGUUGAAUAUUUGGAUCAGAGUUGCUUCUCUAAAUAAAGGCAGAUGGCGUCACAAAAUGGCUGUCCUCCUUGGUAAAGUAUAUGUUGUUGGAGGCUAUGAUGGGCAAAACAGACUUAGCAGUGUAGAAUGUUAUGAUUCCUUUUCAAAUCGAUGGACUGAAGUUGCCCCCCUUAAGGAAGCAGUGAGUUCUCCUGCCGUGACUAGCUGUAUAGGCAAAUUGUUUGUGAUUGGUGGAGGACCUGAUGAUAAUACUUGUUCUGAUAAGGUUCAAUCUUAUGAUCCAGAAACCAAUUCUUGGCUACUUCGUGCAGCUAUCCCAAUUGCCAAGAGGUGUAUAACAGCCGUAUCCUUAAACAACCUGAUAUAUGUUGCUGGUGGACUGACCAAGGCAAUAUACUGUUAUGAUCCCGUUGAAGAUUACUGGAUGCAUGUACAGAAUACAUUCAGCCGACAGGAAAACUGUGGUAUGUCUGUAUGUAAUGGUAAAAUAUAUAUCCUGGGUGGAAGACGGGAAAAUGGAGAAGCCACAGACACUAUUCUCUGUUAUGAUCCUGCAACAAGUAUCAUCACAGGGGUAGCUGCAAUGCCCAGGCCAGUGUCCUAUCAUGGAUGUGUGACUAUUCAUAGAUACAAUGAGAAAUGCUUUAAGCUCUAAAACCAGGAUACCUCACCCAAGAAGCCACAGCAAUCCAAGAUGAGAGGUUUUAAAAACUCCAGAGUGGGAACUUGACAUAUCUCCUUUUUGCAAUAUGCACAGAAAAGUAAAAAUAAUAAUUAUCAUGCCUUUCUUCCCAAAAUAUCAAUCUUUCAAACUGUAAUAAAGGCUUUUCUGUAAUGGGGAAAAAAAAUUUGUUGUUGUUGAAGGUAAUAGUGGUCUUUGCUUGGGCUUUGAGAGUGUACCUUUGUGAGUAUUUGUAAGAAACCUAUGUGGAGUAGGAAAUAAUGUCUGCCUGCAUACCUUUUAGGAAUUUGUGAUGGUUUCUUCAUUUAUGUAUGUUUAUCUGCAAGACUGUAUAUUCCUUACUUUGUCACAUAUAUGUGUGUGUGUGUGUAUAUAUAUAUAUGUAUGUGUGUAUAUAUAUAUAUAUAUAUACACACACAUACAUAUAUAUAUAUAAUUGCAUGGCAAGUUUUCAUUUAGUUUGACUCAUAUAAUGCUUAGAAUACUUAGAAUCAUUCUAAGGUAGAAAAACCAGUUUUAAAAAUCUUUGUCACUAAAAAAUACAUCCAAGUUGAUUAAUUUUAUUGUGGGUUUUUUUCUGUAAUUGAUAAAAGUGUAAUGAUGACAAUCUGAGUAUCAUAAAAUACUGAAUUAUUAUGACUUCAUUCUUAGAAUUAUUUUCUUAUAUUAAAGGUAUUUUGGGGGGAGGAGAUACAAAAGCAAGUGCCCUUAAAAUGGAGAUUAAAAUUACAUGUUAGUUCCUAAGAAAAAAUCAUCUAAGACCAUUGAAGGGAAAAUGACCCACUGUGGCUCUCAAAAGUAUUUAUAUAUCAUCUCUAAAUCCUCUAAGGGAUGCGCCUUUUCUUGAACAUGGCAGAAGAGUUGAAGUCCACUUUGCAAUAUUAUCUUGUGAAAAACAGGGACAGAUUUUCUCCGUAGCCCAGUAGGGUUUGACCUCAUUACUAUGGUGCUUUGGGUGAGGACCUCUUCCUGGUUAUCCUACUUUCUUGUGAACAGCUAAAAAUCCUGGGAGUCUCUACUGUUAAGCUGCCCUUAAAGGAUAAAGCAGGGACCACCUGUCUCAGUGGGUCCAUAUUUCUUUUAAAAUUAGCUAUCUGAAGAAACUAACAGCAGUAGUUGCAGUCUUCUAAGAUAAAUCUUUCAUUUGGUACCCAUUGUGUAAAAUAGUGAUCAAUAUUCUCAAGCUUCUCUACAUCAAAUUGCCUUUGUCUAGAUGUUUCAACUCCAGUUUAUAAAGCUUACUGGUUUUCAGAGAAGAGUGUAAAACUUUUUCUAAGGCAAAUGAAAUGGCAGGAACUAUAGUGUACGUGAUUAUUGAUAUUCCUGGGUGGACAGAUAUAAUUUAAAACAUUUUAGGGAUGUUCAGGUAGCCUGCUAUAUUUCGACUUCCCCAGGCACUAUUGUUGUCUCACAUCAUAAUUAUAUAUUUGCCAUAGGAGAAAUGAUGCAAAUAUGUGAUUAUAGUGUCACCAGAUUUCUGUUAAAAACAAGGUAGUAAUCAAAAACCUAACAUUGACAAACUACUCUUUCUUUCUCAUUUUAGAAUGAUGCAAAGAUUUGAAAUAAACCUAUACAGAGUCAACUUUUAAUGCCUAGCUGGAAUCUGAAUUCUGAGGAAAACUCUAAAACACUUAACAAAUCUUUAAGGAAUUUUUAUUUUUCAGAUCAUAAUUUGAAAUGAUGUAUACCUUUUUGUGAUAAUUAUCAGAGCAAUUCAGAAACCACUUUUCUACCAUUUUAGUUGAAAGACAGUAGUAGAUACAAUUGGGAUACUUGUUUUAAUUUUAGAGUAAACUUCUACUUCUGCAUCAUACCUUUUGUAGAUAAUGGAACCUAUUUAGUUCAGAAAUUCUCUGUGGUAUAUGAGAAAAGUGUUUUGUAAAUGCUGAGAAUUAUACAAAUGAUACUUGUUAUUUUCAUAUGUAUUUGUAAGAUCAUGCCCAUCCAUAAAUAGACACUUCACACAAAGAAGACUUUCUCAACAUAACCUGUAUUUUAGUACUUUCGUCUAUUAUAAAAGUAUUAACUAUUUACUUGUAUUUUGUUAUACAUUUAUUUUUAAUGUUCAGGUGUCUGUUGUAGUAAAUUGGAAAUCCUAUAAAACAGAAUUUGUUUAAACAUGGACCUCAUGCCAAUAUUGCUUAAUUUUUUUCUCUACAUAAUUUAAAACUACAUAAAUUAAGUAGCCACCAAGAACUUAGUUUGAAUCCUAUGAAAUUAAAGUAACAAUUUUUAAAGUUACCCAACUGAUACUUUAAUUUUCUUAAAUUAUUUAUUUUCAUUUACUGAUUUUUGAUAAAUAAUGAUGUUAGCAUUGAUAAAGUAAUAAAGAAUUUUAGGGUAUAAUUAGUAUAUCAAAAGGGAUUUAUCAACCAAAAUGGUAUCAGAUUAUAUUCAUGCUCUCAUCACAUAGUUGACAUAUUUUCUUUUGGUGGGUGAUGCUCGUAUAAGCCUUUGGGUUAGUGUGUAUGUAUAUAUUCAAUACAUGUGUGUAUAUAUGUAGAUAGAUGGUAUGCUCAUCUACACACAUACAUACAGACAUCAAGAAUUUUAUCAGUUUCUGAUCAGAAAAAGGGACAUAAAGUAAAAAUUAGUUGAUCUUAUUAAAUUCAAUUCCAGAAGUAUAUUUUUUUAAUUUGGGCAUUUCUAGAAUACUUUGUUACAUAUGAAAGUACAUGAUGAAUAUUAGUAUGAUGACUCAUAUACAGUCAGAAUCUAUAUAAUGCAUACAGUUUUACAAGAUCAGAAAACAAAUUGACGGGAGAUACAAGUUUGCUAAACCUAGCCAUUGAUAUACCUCAGUGGGGAAGGAAUUCAAAAGUAUUUUUUGUGGGUCAACAGAAAUGUACAGUUUUUUCUCCAUGAACUUUAAUCAUUUUUCAUGUGUUCCUAUAUGUGAAUGAGCUAUAAAGUGGUCUAGUUUUUACAACAAAAAGGCCUUCUUCCUUUUCUACUCUAAUCUUCCCACUGACUUUACUGCACAGGUAUGAAAUGGUAGCCUAUUGUAUCUUCAGUAACCUUUUUUUUUCCCCUAGAUGACUGAAAUAUAGGUAGUUACUCCAUUUAAACCAGGUGUUAACAAAAAAAUGAUGUAAAUACUCAGGGAGGGUAUUAACUUGUCAUUUUUGCCUAAUUGGAGUGUUUAAAGUGCCAUAUCUAAGUAACUUGCAGUUCAUGAUUCUAGAGUAAAUGCAGUUUGGUAAAGGGGCUUCACACAUGGCGGUGGUUAAACAUUCAUUUUUUUAUAUUUAGAAAGAUGAAAAUGUUCUGUGGACUGAUACAUUUUCUCUUAGUGAAUAUGAAUUGUUUAUGUAUCUCUACUGUCAUACCCUUUUGAAAUGAAACUCAGGAAAAUAUAAAGGUUCAAUUAUACUACUUUUGUCAGUGUACAAACCAGGUGUAUUUUUUUUUCCUGUUGUGUGGAUAUGGCAAUAGAUUUUUUAAAAAGAAAUGCUGUGAGAACCCAUACAUGAAAAGAGAGGGUUGAAUCAUCAGUGUGUGCCUUUUGUUUCUUGAGAUUUAUAUGUGGAAAAGAUAUCUUCUACUCCAGACUGUAUUUUCAAAGAGAAGAGAUUGCUCUUUAUGUGGUGCCAAGUGAUAAGAUAACGUCUCUUAAAGGCUUCCUGUGGACUGCCUUUAUUUUCCUAAACUCAAGACACCAGUUAACCUCAACAUAAUUUUGGCCUUUCUUAGAAUUUCUUGUGCAUUAUAUUGAAAACCAGGUUUAUAUCACCUCACCCCAUUAUUCCUUUUAGUUAAAUAAAUUCACCAUACCAAGAAACCAGAAUGGGGCAAUUUGGUUGGCCUUUAAGGCAGUAGGUUUGACUAGCUAGUUAUACUUACUGUCACAUCUAAUGCUAGUCAUCAGAAACCACUUGAGCCAGGAGUGUGAACUGAUAAUUCCAGAGACAGUUUCAACAUACUUCUGACUUUUUAAAAAUGUUUUUUAUGAAUGUUUUACAUUUGUGUGAUUGCCUUAGAUAUUAAAUUUUUGUAGUGCUAAAGGUCAUCAUUAAAAAAUGUUUUGAAUACCAGUAGUUAUAACUUAUUUUAUGUAUUGUCCCAAAGAAAAGAAUUUGUUUUAAUGUUUUCAAAAUAACUGCAUCUGAAUUUGUUUAUAUGCCUUAAGUUCUCUAGUGCUAUUUCAACUUUUCUUUCAAUCUAAAUAAAGCUUACCUUAGAUAAGUUUCAUACUUGUUUCCUAUAGAGUGAUUUUCCCUUAUUGAAUUCUUUAAUGAGCACCAGCCUUGUGGUUGCUUGAAAGAAAAUGUUAAGAAAGGUUGUUGGGUGUUUGGAGUUUUAUUAUAUUGGGGGACUUUUUUUGUUUGAUGCCAAGGUGCUUUUUAAGAUAUUAAGAAAAACAUCUAUCUUAGGUUGAUUAAACCCUUGUAAACAUCAUUUGCAAUAUCUGCAUCUAAAGUCAAAAAAGUAAAUCUACUUAUUUUUGUUUCAUUCUUAUGUACUGUUUUGUUUCUUUUGUUUUUUCUUCUACAGGCUCUUUCAUUUAUCUUUCCUGAAAAAGUUCUUAGUCUUUCUUUCUCCAACACCCCUCCCCAUGGUUUCUUAAUUUAAAUCUUGUUGAGAGUUUCUGGAGCUAUCUAAGACAACACGAUUAUAGAGUUGAACAAAAGCAUAAUGUGCUUUACAGCUUGUACAGACUUGUGGCAGCCAAGUGUCUUUUGCUUUCAGAUGCUCCAGAGUCUUCACAGUGGGGAAAAAAAAAAAAAAGCUUUGUAUUUCUUUGUUUUCAAUUUAGUUGCAACACACUAAUACUUAUAUGUCUUGUUUAAAUAUACUUUGUGCAUAGUUGUCUUUAGUUUUUAAAAAGUUGUAUCUAAUAAAAAAUGUCUUUUAACCAUUA